GGCUGCGCCCGCCCUGCCCGGCUUGCUCUCGCUGGGCUUGCUCCUCUCCCGCGUCUGCUGCGUUGAACCAGUCGUGAGCCUAAAAAAGGGACCAAAUGCUUUAAUUGAUGGUGCCAAUCAGACACUUGCCGCAAUUUGCACAGCAGCCACUGGAAAACCAGCUGCAGAGGUUCUCUGGGAAGGUAGUCUUGGUGAAAUGGAAUCCACUUCAACUUCAUAUCCCAAUGAAACUGUGACAGUGGAGAGUAAAUACAAACUGGUCCCCACAAGAUUUGCUAGAGGAAGGCAUAUAACAUGUGUUGUGAAACAUCCAGCCUUGGAAAAGGAGAUUAGAAUGGUGUAUGUGCUUGACAUUCAAUAUUCUCCCGAGGUUACAGUGACUGGGUAUGAUGGAAACUGGUAUAUUGGAAGAGAGAAUGUUUUACUCAGGUGUAAUGCUGAUGCAAAUCCACUGCCAAUGGAGUUUACAUGGAGCCGGUUGGAUCGACAUUGGCCUGAAGGUUUACAGCCUUUAAACAAUACUCUGCAUUUCAACAGUCCAUUGACAUAUAAUUAUACUGGAACUUAUGUUUGUACAGUGGCUAAUUCACUUGGCCAAAAAAGUGAUCAAAAGACUAUCUACAUACUAGAUCCUCCUACUACUACCACUUCACCACCCACGAUUCCAUGGCUUCCUUCAACUGAUGGCAUCACAGGUUUAGCAACUCAGCCAAAACUAAAGCUUUUUCCAACAUCACCAUGGCCAGCAAUGCAGGAAGACAAUUGGGGCACUAUCAUCGGUAGUGCAGUGGGCGGGGCUCUUUUCCUGAUAUUUGUAUGUGUCUUGGCUGGAGUUAUCUUGUAUAGGAGGAGGAGGACGUUCCGUGGUGACUACUUCGCUAAGAACUACAUUCCACCAUCAGAUAUGCAAAAGGAGUCCCAAAUAGAUACCCUCCAGGUAGAGGAUGUCGAUUCUUACCCUGACAGUGUGAAAAAGGAAAUAAAACAUCCUGUGAACAGUCACAUAACUAAAGACUACUUGGGAGAAUCUGAAAAAACAGACUGGAACAAAGUAGACACUAUUAACAGGUACCAGGACAGGUAUGAAAGACCAAUGGAUUACUAUGAAGGUGGAACACUGGGAAUGAAAUACUUAGGUGAAGAAUGUUAUGAAGAAAAUGAAGAUGACUUAGUUUCACAUGUAGAUGGCUCUGUAAUAUCUCGAAAGGAGUGGUAUGUCUAAAGACCACCUUCAAGUCUUGACUAUACAUAAAGCUCCUUCAUUAGCUGAUCACUUUCAGAUUGUUUAUACUUUUUCUUGAGGAAUAGGUUUUUGAAGUUGAUUUUCAAGCUUUUUAUAUUCUAACUUGACAAUUGAAAUGUAAAAACCUCAUUUAAAUGUAUUGAAGCUGCUUUAUUAUUUUUUCAAUGCUGUACUACUGUCUUUCACAAGAUAUGAAUUUUAAUAUACAGGUAGUGCUUUAUUUGGCCUAUAGCACAAGAUAACCAAGUGCUAAGUGGAAAAAGAAAUUGUUAUAAAAAAUUUGAAAUGAAGCAACUGUCUUUGCUUGUGACUACAAAUUUAUGAUCAAGACUUACCUUGAUAGUACUUUUUGAUCCAUAAUUCUAGUAAACGAUAACAUGAAACUGAUUCAAGUACAGAGCUGAUCUAAGGUACACUUUGUUUACAAAAAAAUUUAUGACAUGAAAUAUUCUGAUGGCACAGUUUUUUCAAAGCUUUAUUUUUAGGUUUUCUGCACAGAAUUUAAUACCUCUACAUUUUUGAGCCUUGCCAUUUAGAUACUGUAGUAGGUGGUACCUUUUACAGAUGACUUGUUGCACUGAACCUGCUGCAAUAGACUUUUCAAUGAAUAAAGUCUUGCAGCAUAACAGGAA